ACAAAACAAGUGAAAUGCCAGGCAGGAACAAGGAAGUGGCGUUGGAUUUAGCGGGACUCGUCUCUUUGUGGGACCAAAUCAAAUUAGUGUUUUUUGUCCAAAACAUUUCAUCAUUAAGCUUUGGUGUUUGAACUCGUGAGUGAAAUAACUUCAGGUGUUUGUGGAACAUGAAUUUGCUCACGUGAAGUGUUGAUGGGAGACUAAGAAAGGAAAAGCAGUGUUUUAGAGUUAAAAUAAGUGUCCUUUGAUUAAUUGGGAUUUACUGUGUCCGCGCACAAAGCCUUGUCUGCUCCAUCUAAAGUGCCCGCCCACAAGGCUCUUUCCUGCACAGCGAUAGUGGAAGACGACUGAUGAUCACAGUCUACGGGAUUCGCCGUGGAGGACGCCGCGGAGACUCCUGCCGCUGCCGCUACUUGGACUCCGAUUUGCGUCGCCGUCAGUGAAGGAGGGGGGAGGACAAUUAUCAAUGACCUGUUCCCAGUGGGACUCCACAGCGCCAGGACUUCUCCGAUCACGUCUUGUUGCGUCUCCUGAACGAUUACGCGUCGCUCUCUCUGGACUUAAGUCUUAAACCGAGUGGGAAUCGCCUCCGCAGUCUCGGAUGCGUAAGCGGGGAGUGGGAGUGGGUUGGGUCGCCCGGGCGCCUGGCAUACGCACACGUCGUCAGCGAUAAAAGCAGAUAGGUGAGGGCGAAAGCGCCAAGACUGUGGUGUUUGGGUUUGUUUGUUUUUUUGCACGAGGAGGAGGAGGAGGAGGAGGACACGGGAGAGGUGAGCCGGACAACUGGCAAACCGCCGGGACUCACCGGCUGCGGAUGUGACUGUGAGAAGCCUGGGAUUCCUCUUCCUUUCUUUCUGAUUCAGGAGCAGCGGUUUACCACAUUAUCAAACCUCGGCCAGACACCAACCGUUCUGCUUCUCUGAAGGGGAAGUAGCUGCUGGAAGUGAAUCUGCGGGGCAACAUAAACACACACACACACACACACACGUAUACACAAUGGCAACCGGUGCGCUCCUGCUCGCCUGCGCGCUGCUUGCUGGUGUUGCCGUGGCCCAGAGAGUCGUAACGGUGCAGAGUGGCCCGCUGAUACGGACUGAGGGCUCCCAUGUGACCAUCUGGUGCAACGUGACCGGCUACAAAGAGGGGGUAGAGCAGGACUUUGAGUGGUCCAUGUACCUGGCGUCAGCACAGGACCGAGAGAUCCGCAUUGUGAGCACGGCUCAGCAGAACUAUGCCUAUGCUGUGUACGCCCAGAGGGUGAAUAGCAAAGAGAUCUUCGUGGAGAGGCUCAGCGGUGACUCGGCCGUGCUCCACAUCACCAAAGUGCAGGCCCUGGACCAGGGUCUGUUUGAGUGUUACACACCCAACACGGACGGCCGGUACCUCGGAUCCUACAGCGCACGCACCAACCUAACAGUCAUUGCCGACUCGUUGACGGCAACGUCUCCUGCUGCUACGCUGUCCAAGGUGGAAGGCGACACACUGCAGCUCACCUGUGAGGUGUCUCGAGCCACGUUGCAGCACACUCACCUGUCCGUGGGUUGGUACCUUCGAUCCCCGGAGGAUGCCACCGCCCCACCGCAGGAGCUGGUCACCUUGUCCAGGGACUUUGUCCUGCGCUCUGGUGGAUCGUAUCGACAGAGGAUGGCGGCGGGCGAUCUGCGGCUUGAUAAAACCAGCGCUACUUCCUACAGGCUGACCAUCCAUAAGCUGCAGCCUGUGGAUCAGGGCCUGCUCUACUGCCAGGCUGCCGAGUGGAUUCAGGACACAGACGGGAGCUGGUUCGCCAUGACCCGCAAGCAGAGCAACAAGACUCAGCUCCGCAUUCAGCCCACUGAUCGGGACUUCAGCAUCCAGGUUAGCACGGAGCGACGGUCCUUCACGGCCGGUGAGCCGCUGGAACUUCGCUGCACCAUCGAGGCCCAGAAUGUCCCUGAGCGUUUCUUCUCGGUGUCGUGGGUCUUCAGCAGCUCACCGGUGGCCGUGGUGGGCCCCAGUGCCGUGCCUGUCCUGGGCCCCGAUUAUGUUUCCCGCGAGGCAGCAGGUCACAUGACCGUACGCAAGGAGAGCACCAACGUGUACCUCCUCAAGCUCCAGCACCUGCGCCCUGACGAUUCGGGGAAAUACAUUUGCCGGGUGACUGAGCGAGAGAAGACACCCACGGGGGACUUCAUCGACCGCAGCAAGAGGUCUCGCAACGUCCAGAUCACAGUCCAGUCACUCAAGAGCAACAUCACGGUGUCAUUGUCCAGUAACUCCUCAGAGGUCCUAGAAGGUGAUGUGAUCCAGUUGACCUGCUUAGUCCAGUCCACUACAGGCCCCCUUUCCAUUGUCUGGCAGUGGACAGACAAGCAGGAGACUGGAUCGGCCCAGGAUGUGGCCUCUGUGGAUCGGGAUGGCACAGUUUUGCACAGCCCAACCUACAGAGAGCGCUCCAGUUACGGGGAGAUCCGUGUGGAGAAAGCGCAAGCGGACACAUUCUCUCUGUCGCUGUACAACGCCUUACCCGGCGACGAGGGCCAGUACCGGUGCGCGGUUACCGAAUGGUUUCAGACCGGCACUGAGCCGGAGCUCAACUGGGAGAAGAUCGGAGAGGAGUCGGCCACCAAGGCGAUCACCGUCAAGACAGUCGAGUCCUCCUUCAUGGUGUCCGCCUCAUCCAGAACACCAUCUGUGUCCUUUGGAGACUCAUUCGACCUCCUGUGUCUGGUCAAGCCCCGGCACAACCCUCGCGUCCCCACUUCUGUCACCUGGCGCUUCAUGCCCGCUGGCACGGACGCCGAUGGCGAGGAUCAGGGAGAGUUCAAAGACUUGGUCACUUUCACCCGGGAGGGCACGCUGCAAUGGGGCGACCAGUUGCUGGGUUUGGGAACCCGCACGACAGUGGACCGCUCCCACUCCAACACCAACUUCCGCCUGUCGGUGACCCGCGCGGGGCGCCGCGAGGCGGGCAAGUACCAGUGCAGCGCCGUCCUGUGGAGGAGAAACUACGACAACAGCUGGAGCAGAGUUGCCAACCGCACUUCCAACCUGCUUGGCAUCAGUGUCCUGCAGCCAGAAAGUAAGCUGCGAGUGCAGAAGACCAAUCAGUCUCAGGUGUAUCCAGAGGACAGUCGCGUCAGGAUCAACUGCACCAUCACCUCUCAGAGCAGCCAGGACUCCCAGCAUGCUGUGUUGUGGUACGUGAGACGCGCUGCGGGCUCAGAGGCCGACGAGCUCCUGCUAAGAAUCGAACGCUCGGGGGCGUUCGAGUACGGGGCGUACGCAGACGAGGAGAGACUGCGACGCCGCGUGCAGGCCGAGAGGCUCUCGCCACGUUCCUACGUGCUGACGCUGAACAGAGCUGAGAGCAGCGAUUCUGGGACCUACUACUGCCUGGUGGAGGAGUGGCUGAGUGACCCAGAUGGAGCCUGGUAUCGUCUCUCCCGGGAAUCCUCGGGGUUGACAAAGGUUGUGGUGAGGCAGCCAGAGGUUCGACUGCAGGUUGAGGAGAUAGAGUCGAAUGUGACGGUAGAGGAGUCUGGUCCAAUCCGGCUGGGCUGCACCAUUCCCUCCCAGUCGUCCCGAGACUCCCGCUUCUCUGUGUCCUGGUACGUGGAGCACUCUGAAGACCAGGACGCCGAGGACCGGCUGGGGGAGGAAGACGAGGAGAAGGACUGCGUGUUCUCCAUUGGCCAUGACUCCGUCUUUGGAAAUGGGAACUGCAGCCCCAGAGAGGAGGCGGGGCCCAAUUCCCGCCUGCAGUUUGCGAGAAUGGCUUCGGACCAGUACACCCUGACCAUUCAAGGAGCCCGGCCGACCGACGCGGGGCGAUACUACUGCCACGUGGAGGAGUGGCUGCUCAAUCCCCGCAAUGCAUGGUACCGCCUGGCCACCAACGACUCUGGGUUCACCAUCGUCAAUGUACUGCAACAAGAGUCCACCGUCAAGUCUGUGGUGUGCGCCAACGACUCCCUCUUCUACUUUGUCUUCUUUUACCCCUUUCCCAUUUUCGGAAUCCUCGUCAUCGCCUUGCUGCUGGUGCGCUUCAAGAGCCGCAACAACAGCAAGAGCCAAGAGGGCAAAAACGGGGCCCCUCUCCUGUGGAUUAAAGAGCCUCACCUCAGUUAUUCUCCCACCUGUUUGGACCCCCCUGCACUCAGCCUGCAUCCUGGCUCUGUUGACUAAGGGGGGGAUGCUCCUGCCUUCCUUCCUCACACACAUUGCAGAUCCAGCUAACACAAUGCCAGGGAGCACGUGUGGACUCCACCUUCAGACCUUACUGUCAUUCACUGCUGUGUUGAAUUAGUCAAUCAGUUGAUCCGUUUCAAAAUCCCUACCCUGAUUGCUGCCUGUUUUUAUGUUAACAACUGUGUGUGUGUGUGUGUGUGUGUGUGUGGACUAAAAUGUGGGAGUGCAAAGUUGAAGGAUGAGAGUAUCACAAGCUUCACACUCUCUCUCACUCUCUCUCUCUCUCUCUCUCUCUCUCUUUUUGUUUUCCGUGAAACCUAAUCUCAAAAGCUGCAUUUUGAUUUCUAUUACUCUGAAUAUGUGUCUAUAUUUUUGAAAGAGAAGAAAAAUUGCGCCGAUGAGAUCAUUGGCUGUUCUGGGAAGAUGAUUUAAGAGAGGGAAACUCUAUAAUGGACUUUGGCACUGAGCGGAUGCCAAAAAAAAAGUCUCCGCACUGAUCCAAGAGCAGCCACAGCCUGGCCCACUAUGUUGGUUGCCAUAGUGACGCUUUGUGCCCACUGACUUCAUAGCUGAUGACUUGGUUUCCAGGCUGCAUAGAGACAAAGGCAAGGACACACAAGUCUGUGUCCUAAGUGAGGAUGUGUGUGUGUGUGUUUGUGUGUGUUGGCCCACCUGCCUCCACAAUGAAUUUGACUUGGCAGACAGAAGCAGGUCCCGGUGUGCCACUUAAACACUGCCAGACUCUCUGGCCUUAGUGAGAGACCGCUCUGCUCUUCUUCCCUGUCCUCUUCCUCUCCCCAAAAAAAAGACAGCAAGAGAAAUAGAGGGGAGGGUCAGAAAUGAUGGAGAAUGAAUAAACACCUCUCUCCUGCUGGGGAUAUACAUACUUCAACACAUGGGAUUUUUUUUUAUAAUUAUUAUUGUUUUUUUUCAGUGCCAAUUCCUCCUGAUUUCCACGCGGUCGGCAGUAAUUGAAGUUUGAGUGGAGAUGAAGCGGAUUGUGAAAAUAUGUCUGUUUACCUCCUGCUGUGGGUUUAUGAGCCUUAUGGGCAGUUUUACACCCAUGUAAAAUCAGUUGAAUUGUCCCUUAAACAUUGCACAGUGGGGGUCAGCACCUGAAAUUGAAUUCUUGCACAUUUCUUCGAGUAUGACCACUCUGUUGCCCUGCAGAUUUCAGAAGCCCAAAAGAUGCGCCGUAGUUUAAAGACAACACUUGAUCUGUCCAGAGCCACACUUCAGAUUGCUAAUGUGCGCGUGUGGUGAAACCCUCCUGCACACUCUCAAGUCAACAAAUCGACUCUUGUGUUUAUUUUAGAGACUUUUCUAUUUAUUGUUUUAUACUACUUUGCAUAGCUUUGUAAGAUUUUUCCCUUUUGGUUUUGAAAUUCUCUUAAAAAAAAAACUAAAAAAAAAACUGUGCUGCUUGUGUUGCCAGGCAACUGCACCAAGCAGAUUAUGUCAAUAUUCUGUGUGUUGGCAAUGUGGUAGAUGUAGAAAUGCUAGAGUCGUCCUGCGCAUUGCAGUGUGUAGCAUUUCAUACCAGAUUGUCAAGUUUGGUCAGUGUCAGAACACUGUAUAUCUACUGUAUAUCUAUAAAGGACGUCAGUGUGGCUUUGCGUGUACAGUAGUCCAACAGACAAGUCACAACAAUGCAUUCACUUACCGAUCUUCUGCUUGAGUCGCGUUUAUUUCGUGAAAUGUGAUGUAACACCGAGGUAGGACGCUUCAUCAAAGUCGGCAGAGACUGAACUGUGGAACUGUCGUCUUCUAAUCGUGGAUUCCGGCUGCAGCCGUGUCUCUUCAGCCCCCCCGACAGAAAAAAGGCAGAAGGGUGGAAAAUCUGUCACUUUCCUUGGAAUGCAGCAGCCGGGAGUAGAGAGAAAAAUCCUCUACCUGACCCGAACCCUUUCACUGCCAGACUGGACAAGAAAACUCUUGAAAAACUUGAUAAUGUUGUCUCAAUCGUGUCAACGUGUAUAUUGCAUGAGUAUUGCAGGAGGAAUUUUGAUGUUUUGUAAACUUUAAACUCUUUGAGCAUUAUGUUUGUGUGACAGAGCAGUGCCCAAACACCUCCUCCACCGCUCCCCCGCUCCACCCCCCCCCGCCUCCCCCAUCCCAUUAACUGAUCCCUGAGCCAACACAAAGCCUAGCCCCCUUAUUAUUAUUUACUAUAUUUGACUGCCAAUAGUGCUCAUUGAAAACCUAUCAAUUAAUCUCUCUCAAGAGUGGGUGUUGUGGAGAUCGUGUUUGAUAUAUUGGUCAUAUUUGUUCUUUUAAUGCUUUGCUUUCACGCGGCACUUCAUUAAAUAGAUUUAUAGAUCGUAUGUCAUUAAAAACCAAAAGUGCACAGCUGG